CUCCUCUCAUAUAACUGCUAAUCGCUGCAGUUGCUGCACGUAUCACGUGUCUCCAUGGCUUAUGGGCAGGAAGACAUUGAGUCCCCUUUCUUGAAAUUGUCACAGGAGGCUUCUUUCAGUAACUUUCUUUGAACUUUCCUCCAGAUUAUCAACAAUUACCUGGAUGGGGCUCAAACAGGUUCCACAGAAAGGCUCACACCUGGAGGGAUGCACUUCCGAGACAGCAAGAGGAAAGUGGACUAUGUUUUAGCUUAUCACUAUCGGAAAUCUACCUCGCAGUCCAGUGGUGGUUCUCCAAGCCUCUCGCAGAGACCUCCUUCUUUGGCUAUCAUUUCUAAUGGGGAGACGGCCAAAAGUCAAUCUGAACAGCAGCCGCCACAAGGCCAGGAAGCAGCUUCUCCAGAUGCAGAGGUCAUCGAUCUGGGGCCAUUGGAGGCUCUGGAGGAAGCGAAACGGGAGCAGAGGAAAGAGUUCGAAAGCAACCUGAUGGAAGCUGGUCUGGAGAUAGAAAAAGAUGCAGAGAAUAAGACACAAGGACUGAGUUUUGUCCGGAUACAUGCACCAUGGAAUGUACUUAGCCGAGAAGCAGAGUUUCUUAAAAUUAAAAUGCCCACUAAAAGGACGUAUGAAAUAACAGAAGAAAUGGGAAUUGUCAACAAGUUGUCUGAAAUAUGGCAGAAGUUUACAAAACCUUUGCAGCCCAAAGUGCCACAGCAAAAUACCACCAGAAUGAAGCAUUUAUCUUACCCUUUCUCCAGAGAAAAACUCUAUUUGUACAACAUUCAAGAUAAAGACACGUUUUUUGACAAUGCUACCCGCAGUCGAAUAGUACAUGAAAUUUUGAAGCGUACAUAUACUACAAAAGCCAAAAACAGCAUGGGUAUUAACACAUUAAUAGCAAACAAUGUUUAUGAAGCAGCCUUUCCCCUCCAUGAUGGUGAAUAUGACGGUGAAAACAAAGAAAUGAAUGAAAGAAAGCUGCUGUAUCAAGAAUGGGCACGAUAUGGAUCGUUUUACAAGUUUCAGCCUAUUGAUCUUGUAAGCUGCUUGCUACGAGUUGCCCAAGAGAGGUGA